AUGCCAGUGACCAAGUUCAAGCUUGAGGAGAAAUACAGCUAUCUCAAUGGCUUCGGCUCAUACCACGAGUCAGAGGCCGUCGCCGGCGCGCUGCCGAUAGGCCACAACUCGCCCCAGAAGUGCAACUACGGCCUCUACGCCGAGAAGCUCUCGGGCACGGCCUUCACGGCCCCGCGCCACGAGAACCAGCAGUCGUGGCUCUACCGCAUCCUGCCCUCGGCCGCGCACGAGCGCUUCCGGCCGUACGGCUCGGCCGGGCAGCACGCCCGGGGCACCGAGUACGCCCACGACAAGUGGCACUUUGUGCCCGACCAGCUGCGCUGGGACCCGUUCGACCUCGACGAGGAGAACGACUGGGUCGAGGGCAUGAAGCUCGUCGCCGGCGCGGGCAGCCCCGUCGUCAAGUCCGGGAUCGGCAUCUUCAUCUACGCCGUCGGCAGGGACAUGGCGAGCAAGACGGCCUUCUACUCGGCCGACGGCGACCUGCUCGUCGUGGCGCAGCACGGCGCGCUCGACAUCCAGACCGAGCUGGGCAGGAUGCUCGUGCGGCCCAACGAGAUCGCCGUCGUGCCGCGCGGCAUCCGCCACCGCGUCACGCUGCCCGACGGGCCCGCGCGGGGGUUCAUCCUCGAGCUGUACCAGGGCCACUUCCAGCUGCCCGAGCUGGGCCCCAUCGGCAGCAACGGCCUGGCCAACCAGCGCGACUUCCAGGUGCCCAAGGCGUCGUACGACGAGGACACGUCGAGCGCGUGGCGCAUCGUGUCCAAGUUCGGCGGCAACCUCUUCGCCGCCGAGCAGGGCCACACGCCGUUCGACGUCGUCGCCUGGCACGGCAAGUACUACCCGUACAAGUACGACCUGGGCCGCUUCAACGCCGUGGGCAGCAUCUCCUUCGACCACCCGGACCCGUCCGUCUUCACCGUGCUGACGGCGCCGUCGGGCGCGAGCCCGGGCGUGGCGGUCGCCGACUUUGUCAUCUUCCCGCCGCGCUGGCUCGUGCAGGACGACACCUUCCGGCCGCCGUGGUACCACCGCAACACCAUGUCCGAGUUCAUGGGCCUCGUGUCGGGCGACUACGACGCCAAGGAGGGCGGCGGGUUCCGGCCCGGCGGCGCGAGCCUGCACAACACGAUGAGCGGGCACGGGCCGGACGCGGCGACGUUUGAGAAGGCGAGCAACGCGGACCUCAAGCCGACCAAGGUCGGCGAGGGCAGCAUGGCCUUCAUGUUCGAGAGCUGCCUGAUGAUGGGGGUCACCGAGUGGGGGCUCAAGACGUGCGAGAAGGUGCAGGAGGACUACCAGAAGCACAGCUGGACGCCGCUGCAGCCGCACUUUAAGAAGCCUGCGAGCCUGCCGCAGCAGGAGAAGAGGGAGUAUUGA